UUAGGCCUGUUAGUGUGUGAGCUCAUUAGAGUAGGCGCUCGCCCAAAGAUCUAGCUAUAAGCCCUAAUAUCUUGUCCAUUUUCGAGAGAUCUUCCUGUCUGGUGAGUUUUCAGGGGAAACAAAGAUUUUCUAGGGAAAAUGUCGUCUCUGGGAGCAUCUAAGGGGAUUUUGGAGAUCGCUAAGUUCGGCGUGUAUGUGACCAUUCCCCUCAUUCUUAUGUACACUUUCGCCAACAAUACCAAGAAUCUACAGAAAUUCAUGGGCAAUCGGCCAUACAUUGUUUAUCCCCCAGAGGGACCAAGGCCUCCAUCACCAGAGGAACUAAGGGCGGUGGCACGGGAAUUAGCUCGUCAGAGGAACAACAAUUGAUACUGCCAAUAAGCAACUUUGCUAGCCUUUCAGUUGUGUCAAAUGUAGAGCCAAGCAGGGGUUUCAAGCCCUCGCCUGCAAACAAAGGCAAGAGAUGCAUAGAACAGUCUCGAUGAAGAGUAUCAUUGCCGCGAACGGCUGGGAUCCGCCACAAGCGAAAUGAACAACUGCACUUUCCCGGAGUCUCUCAACCUUGUAGAAACUAUAGCACAACGAGCUUCACCUUCUUCUUCUUCUUCUUCUUCUAGUGCUUGACCUUUUGGGCUUAGAGUGAGUCUUCUUCUUUCUCUUCUGGGUACCACCUUGGAAACGAUGCACCAGGUGAAGAGUGUAUUCCUUCUGGAUGUAGUCAGCGAGAGUGUGCCCGUCCUUCAGCUGCUGAUCGGGAGGGAUGCUCUCCUUGUCCUGGAUCUUGGCAUAAUUUUACGUAUAGUUAUUCCAAAAUCUGAUUGAUAAUAUUAUAAUUUACUAUAAUUUUAAGUAUAAUUAUUUCAAACUUUUAAAUAUAAUCGAAGAUAUUUGGCAGUUGAGCUACAUCACUGCACGUUCAACUCAGCCAUUUUGCCAUGUUACUUUUGUAUCUGAAUAAUAUUGGUGUCUGACGAUGUUUUUAGCCAAUUUCGAUUAAACUUUUUAUUUGUAUUUUUUUUUUCUUGAUAGCAACAGUGAAACAAGGACUUCGGACCUUUUAACUGUUUUAUCGGUUAAUUAACGUUCGUGCUCUCAACAAAUUUUUUGCUUUUAAGAUUAUUAUCAUGCUAUAAAAUACAAAGGAUUAUUCGUUGCUCUUAUAAAAAUGCUGAUUUUUUAUAAAUAAAAAUAAAUUAAAGGAGCUUUUUUUUUUU